UAUUAAUAUAAAUAGAAUAGAAAAUUUGCAGGUGCUAAUAAACGUUGAAUAUGUAUAAAUUUUUGUACAUUUUUUCCUGUAUUACUGUGUUUGCUUGUUGUGUCGUAAAAGAAGCUAACAGCCAGAAUGAGGUGCCAAAAUAUACAAUCGAUCUCGACCAGCCAGCGGAGUCAAGAUGGCGAGAAAUUGGGCAUGAUUUUGCAGACUUAGCUCCUUUUCUACGCACGAUAUUGAAGCAAAAAAUUCCGCCUGCAGUUUUCCCGUUGGCCGAGGAGGUAGCCUUGUACGUGGACACUCUUUUUGACGAGCCGUAUCCAGGAGAACUGAAAGGCGUUGCAAAAGCAACCAAUUUGACUCUAUCGGAAGUGAUUUUGGCAAACAUAUUUUAUGAUCUUACAGCAUACUGUACAAGUAUUGUAGCACAAGACGAACAAGACGAACAGGGUGAUAUUUUUCAUGCGAGAAACUUGGAUUAUGACAAUGCUGAUUAUUUUCGAAAUCUCAGUAUUCAUGUUGAUUUUCUCAGAAAUGGUAAGUAAAGACUGACUAAGGUGUGAAAUAUUCGAAGGGGGCAGGGCGUUUAAUGAGGGUAUGGGAGAAACAGAGAAUGCUCCUUAAAAAAUAAUAAUACAUCAAUUUUUCUACUGUUGAUACAUAAUCUAAACUUGCCUAUAGUUACCUUCAUACCCAGACUCUUUCCUCUAUGAGUAAGUAAGAAAAGCCACUGACAGUGUUUUGUUGGUUUCUGUUUGACUUCCUCUUGGGCAUUCCUUGCAGGUGACAGGUUAGGUUGAUUGUGUUGUUAAGAGGUUACAAAACUGGAUGCUAAUUUUAUUGACACCGCCUGCACCAAACACCUCUGAGAUGGUCAACACCGUAUUCAGUGGACUCAAAGUCAUGCAAAGCUGUGUCCUAAUACUCAGCAAAGUGAACUAAUGAUCAAACAACCACAUAUUGCAGGAAUCAUUGUAAAAAACCGUAAUUGCCAAGAUGGAAGGCAUACUUAUUUUAUUCACUCAGCUGUGCUACAAACACCUUUUAUGCAUGAUAAUGUAGAGGCUAGUACUAACUGUAUAAUUUGUUGAUGAUUAAUGUUUUUAUGUUUCAUUUUACAAGGAAAACUUGUCUACAGUGGAAUCACAUUUGCUGGCUACAUUGGCAUUUUAACAGGCCAGAAACCACUUGCCUUCACAGUAACUUUGGAUGAAAGGGAUAAAGGUUACUUGUGGGAAAAUAUAUUUCAGCUUCUUUUGGCUAAAACUACACCUGUUGGCUUUUUCCUGCGAUCAUUACUAGCAAACGAGGAGAGUAAUUUUGAUUAUGUCAUUAAACAAAUUUCCCAAGUUGAAAUGAUAGCACCAGCAUAUAUCAUCGUGGGAGGAGUAAAGAAGGGAGAAGGUGCUGUUGUUACUAGAGCUAGGAUUGAAACACUUGAUGUUUGGAAACUCAAUGUUUCUGAUGGAAGGUAUGUGUGAAUAACAUUAUUAUAAAUGCGUUGAGGUAUUCAUUCCUUGCAAAUCACUUUAUGUUGUUCAUGACAGAAAUGACUAUAUUCCACUUUUUUCCAACAGGUGGUUUUUGGUUGAGACAAACUAUGACCACUGGAAGCCACCACCAUCAAGUGAUGAUAGACGACACCCUGCAAUUAAAGCUAUGAAUCAAAUGGGCCAGAAAAAUGUUGGAGUUAAAGGAUUAUUCCAAGUCAUGUCAACUAAACCAGUUUUGAAUAAUUCAACCGUAUUCACAAGUAUAAUGUCUGCAAAAUUUCCAUCAAUUUUCACAACAUGGAGAAGAAGAUGUUGUGCUUAAUCAGGGUAGACAGAAAACCCUACCUUUUAUCAGUUAUCACUCUGUUGCAUAGCCUGCGUAGCAGCUAGAGCCGCUGCGCAGGCUACUGUUGAACUAAUGAAUGUGUAAUUAUGGUGUAAAUUAACAUUUGGUAAUGUACAAUAAGAUUAUUAAUUAACUACGGUAAUAUGGUAUAUGACACUAUUAAUAAUAUUUUUAUAUACUAUUGCAAAUAUGUGAUGGUUUAUUAAUUAAAUAUCAGCUAGAAUUUAUAUAUGAAUGAUAAAACAGUCUUAAGUUCUUAGUAAUAAAAUGAUUACUGCAAAAAUAUACAGUAACACAAGAAUAAUUACAAAACAAGGUUGGAAUUAUUACUCACAUCAAUCAUCUGAUGCAUUUAGGAUUGUAAUAAUCUUUUCUAGUUUUUACCACCUAUGCCUGGAAAAGUAAUAAUUCCUUUUGGAGAGGCAGUUAAACCUUCUCAAACAAGGAAAUUAAUGUAACCCCUCUCAUUGAAUGGCAACUCAUUUCCUUAUAGCACAAAAUGUCACUAAAUGGCAACUUCAUUGUUUUUGUAUGUUAUUCAAGUGUGAAUGAAGCAAGUAAUGUACUUCAUUUUUUCUCUUUGUUCAAUAACAAUUGUCUGUUUAGUCCUUCACAAUUUCUUGCAAUUUCAAUAGCCCAGAAUUGAAUCCUUGGUACU